AUGCCCGAUCCUCAGCCGGCUAUCUUAAUAUUUAUGAACUUACUCCAACAUCCACAGGUUCUGGACAACAAUUUUCGCGGCCUCGUCAACUUGCUUGAACUUCACCUUGAUUGGAAUCGGAUCGAAUCAAUGGGUUCAGGAACGUUCCAGCACCUCCAUGAACUGCGAGUUCUAUCCCUGAGGGGCAACAGGAUCCAUCAACUCUCACCAAGACUCUUCCUCAAGCUGGCCAAGCUCAGGUUCUUGGACCUCAGUGACAACGAUCUGGAACAUUUGGAUCCGGAAGUCUUCAAGGAUGUACAGGAAUUACGUACCUUUUCCUGUCGACGUUGCAACCUGCGAAACAUGAACCCGCAUAUUUACAGCCUCCUGUCCAACCUUGCUCACCUUGAUCUGGGUGAGAACCAAUUUAAGUACCUGGACCGGGAAGAGUUCAGGGACCUGAAGAAGCUGAUGUCGCUGAGGCUGGACGGCAACCACUUCCCGGUCGUCUUGGAGGGAACCUUCGCUUCACAGGGCAGGCUUCAGUACCUCAACCUUGCGCGGAGCCAGAUCGCCAAGGUCACGAACCAUGCCUUCGACAACUUAACCUCACUACUGGAACUCGACCUUAGCUAUAACAAGCUGGACCGGUUGGAACCAAUAACAUUUCAGCCUUUAGCUCCUAAUCUUAGAUCUCUGUUGGUUUCAGGGAACAAUAUAAAGGUGGAUGAUUUUCUUUAUGUUCUCCAGGUGACGACAAGGCUCAAAGAACUCGCUAUGGCUGACCUUGACGUAAAACAUGGACUCCCGUUGGGCCUCUUGGCUCAUGUGGAGACGCUGAAACACAUGAAUCUCUCAGGGAAUGGUCUUAACAGAUUCCCGUUCCAACUCCUUAUACCAGUUCCAGGUUUGGUGACUCUGGACUUGUCGAGGAACAAGCUACAUUCUUUGGACGAAGGAUCUGUAGCGAAGAUGGAAUUCAUUCCUAACGUACACUUAAACGACAAUCCUUGGGCCUGUGACCUCUGCCAUAUUUUACCAAUGUUGAAAUCCAACGCCAGCUGGAAGUCUUCGGCAGUUUGUUCCGUUCCUCACCAGCUUCGAGGGCGCUCCAUCGCAAGCCUCAAUGCCGAACAACUUAGCCUCUGCGGAAGUGGGCUGGACUACAAGGAAGAAGGCUUUGCAGGUCUUGCCUUGACUCACAAGACACAGCUCGGUUUGAUUGCAGCUGGGUCCGCAGUGGCAUUGCUUGUGAUCACGAUGGCCGCGGUCGUCGCCGGUCUGUUGUACAACAAAAAUCACACCGCCUACUACUACACAAACGAGCAGAAAAGGAAAGCUGCCAAGGCCAAGGACAUCUGCAAUGGUUUCAACGCUGAGAAGAAGGUGUCUAUUGCUACCAUCGACGAGAUUACAAAGGAUCCUGAACUAGAAGUUCUAGCAGAGACCUCCUGAGGUUCGGCCCAAGUUCUGGCUCAGGUUACGGUCGAGUCCGAUCAAAACUGCUGUCAGAACUGGGUAGUGCUGUAGUUUGUAAUACAGUCCAGUAAAAAAGUGAACAGUGCCAUUAAAAACUUAAAAGACUAAUAUAUGAAACUUUAGACUAUUUAUUGAGAAAUUUAACCUUGAUUUAUUACUUGAUUGUUUCUGAAAACUAAAGGUCAAAGUUAUGAAG